AUGCCGCAGGAUUUGGAGCCGUGUCUUGCUCGUCUUGGCGUAACCCCCGAAGAUAAACCGUCUUUUGUAAAGGAGAUCAACGCCAUCGAUGACGUUGAAACAUUGCGACAACUCGUCAUCCGAAAAGAACGAGAACGACAGAGUAUCGCCAACGAUUUGGACGUAGCAGCACGAUUGGGACUAGUCAUUUCAGAGACAAACGAAGCCAUCCAUAUCAAACUGGCGCAUUUAGAACGUGAAAACCAAAUGCUCCGGGAUGAUUUGCAGUUACACACAUCCUGUCGAUGCCAGGAUGCCGACAAGAUGAGUCGCUUUCACGACGACUUGAACACAGCCCUCCCAACUCCCUCCUCGGACGAAGAUCAUAUUCAGCUUACCCAAGAACUCGAUCAAGCCCGCCGAGAACUAACCAAAUUUCGUAAAGAAAUGGACGGAUUAUCCGCCCAACUCAAUGACAUGGCUUCAGAAAUGGUCGAUUCCAGAGCAAGAGUCAGCAUGUAUGCAAAGCGUCUUGCUGAAGUAGAGCAUAAAUUAGCAACGACCCGAGAAAUGAAUACCAAUUUGCAAUUACUGCUGGAGAGGGCGUUGACCAAUCAGAAGCAGUCGAGCUCAAAUACAUCCCAUCUCGUCAAAAAUAUUCAAACCGAUCUUUCAAGGAUCGUGGCGGAAAACGAUCAAUUACGCGCACGGAUAGCCGAAUUGGAGCAUCAACAAUUGGAGUGUGAAGAGCGACUAACCGCUAUGGUAGCUCAAGCCAAAGAAUAUGCAUCUUUGCUCGAACAAGCGCAGGAUAUCAUCCACAACCUGAGUGAACCCCGAUUAUCGGAUGACGAUUCGCUGAGUAAUGGAUUGUCGACAGCUUCAUCGGCGUGGGAUAACAGCGUUGCAAGUAAAGAUACCGAAAUUACAAAGGGAGCUGUAUUUUCUGCUGAAUUCCGACACGAAAUGCAAAAGGAAAUUGAGCGUAAUUUGACCUUGCGAAAUGAGAUUCGGCAUCGCAUCAUCACGGCGGAAUCGAUCACGGCGGAUCGAAAAAAAUCCCAGGAAGGGCUUAAAUAUCUGUUGUCGGACUAUGACAAUGGGUCGGUGAGUUUAUCGACGAGCACAAGUUCGUCCACGGUAUCAACGCUGUUUUCCUCCUCCAAGAAGGAUCGCGUUGCCAACGACACCGAUUACGGUUCAGUGACAAGUGUGGCCACGUCACAAACGGGACCAUCGACGUCGGUGCCCAUCAAUACCUUGCGACCGGCCAACUUUUUGACAGGAUUCAACAGUUUCAGUUCCGACGGACUUGGUAUGGGCACCAUGCCGGCCACCAGUUUCAUUACGCGAGGCAUUCCUCCCCGAGCUGCGCCGGAUAUGAAUGACAAGGAUUCUGAAUCUUCAGAAGAUGAGUGGAUCAUCUCCUCUACGGCCACUGAGUCGGAUAUACCCAAAUUGAAAGCGAGAACCAAGCCCAAGCUUUCCGCAGCCGCUAUUCGCACCGUUCGCGCAGCGUUGCCGAGGUCGGCUUUAUUGACAGCCAAGGCCACUACCAGCAAGCCAUUGCCACCAUCCCCCGUUCCAUCCACAGCAGCAGUCGAUGCCAACUAUCUGUCCAAUGAAGAGCUUGCCGAAAUAUGCAAGACCAUGGAUGCCCAGCGACUGGUCACCCGACUCGUCGACGUUUACAAGAAUUCCGAAACGUACCUUUGCAUCCGAGAAAUAGAGACACCUCCUUUUUAUAUUGAAGCGAGAAUGGUAAAUCAAUUGGACGAAUGCGGCGAUCCAUGCAGUUUCAUUGUGCAAUUUCUUCAACGGUUGGCCCUGCAUUUUGCUCAUCACACAGACAACAAGGAUUUUUCUGCCAAAUUUCGACGACUGUUGGCGCAAGCCUUACUAAAUGCUUUGGAUCGAUUCUUGACUAUGGCACCAAGCAAGUUAAAGCAACAUAGAUCGCAGCAGGAAGAACCCGAUCUCAUUUCAUUUCAAGACACGCCCAAAGAAGAAGAAGAAGAGAAUGAUGAAAAGAUGGACGAGGGAGCGAAUGAUGAUGAUGACUCCAGUGAUGAGGAGAAUCACGAUCAUGACGACAAUGAAGUGGAUGAAGACGAAUCGAUGCCUAUUAUUUCACUUGCUCAACUGAUCGAUGUUUCGCCUGAAGUCACCAUCAAGUAUACGCUCAGCAGGAAACAUCAGGAAGCCUGCAUCGGCUUGCUGUACAGCAUUCCUACACCCAUCCUCGUGUAUUACGCACUCAACGUAUUCCAACUCGUACCGUUACUCAGUGAAGGCGGAGAAUUCCAAGACGACGGCGUGCGCUUGUGUCAACAAUUGAUUCAUCAUGCAAAUUACAACGAAGCAGUCCUCUGCAUGCAAAAGCUGAAUCUGUACAAUCAGUUCAAAAUCGAAACCCUCGCCGAACAAUUUUUCAUGUACGGUCAAGGAGCCAUGCUUGCGUUGUAUGUUGGCCCACGUCCGGAUUUACAGCGAAAACUUCUCCACUUUAUCGAUACCCAAUUACGUUAUAACUUUACCGGGUCCUUGGAAAUUAUAUCAGAAGACAUUUUAAAAUCCACUGAACCCGAGGAGGACAUGAUGCUGCCUCUGCAGAGGUUAAAGGAUCGGCGGUUCCAAAAGGAAAUGAUCAAUUGUGGCAAAAGACUUGUUCAAGAUAUGCAGUUACCCGAACGAGAGUCUUACUUUCUUUGGCUAUCACAGCGUUACGGCUCGUUACGAUGGUUGGUGGCUCAAAGGGCCAAACAGCAAAUGGACGAAAACGAUUACUCCAUCGCAGGAAGUUCCAACUUUAAUGGUUUGAUUGAGCUUGUGGCCAGUGAAGAUCCCGCCCUGGCCAAACUCGCCAUUAAAGAGCUGAUCGAUGUCGGCGAUAAUAUCGCUCCGGCCUUCUUUGCUGCCAAAUUACACCAACAACAUUUCUUCUGUCGCUAUCAGACGUUGCCUCUGCAAGAUCGGCUGGUGGGAUCCAUUAAAGGAGAGCAAUUGUCGCGUCAUCGUAGCAGUUUUAGUCCGUCCAAGCAUUCCGACAGCGGUUCACCUACACCCGUGAUUUAUUAUACCAUGCCUCCUCACGUUCAAGUUAUUUUUGUCGAAACGUACGAAUCCUUGAUGCAUAUGGAUGAGAUCCUUCGCCAGUCGCACUUGAUUGGCCUCGACACCGAAUGGGUGCCUCAGUUUGCGAGAAACAGGCCCAUCAAAACGGCCUUGAUGCAGAUUGCCUCCCAUAACGGAUAUGCCUUUUUACUCGACCUCACCAUCAUGCAUCACUCAUGGAAUGCACCGCUUUGGUUGAUGACCAAGGAUAUCCUUCAGCGACUUUUUGAAAACAGCGAUAUUAUCAAACUAGCUUACGAUUUUGAUGGCGAUUUUGCCACGCUGGCAGUAUCUAUACCAAGUCUUAAGGAUUGGAAAGUAGCUGGUUUACACGAUUUCAAGACAUUGAGGUCGUAUCCGCCGGGCUGCAAAGAUCCCCAGGGCUUACCUAUUGCUGGCGGGUUGGGUGGCGUGGUAUCGACCUUUUUAAACGUCAAAAUGAACAAAAAGCAGCAAUUGAGCAACUGGGAACAACGUCCAUUAAGCGAAGAGCAGAUUCAGUAUGCCGGUAAAGAAAAAAAAGACUGA